AUGGACUUCAGCGCCAGUGGACUCACCCAGAGGUUGGCUGAAGCCGGCCAGUCUCACCUCCUACAGUUCUGGGGUGAGCUGAGCCCUAAGGAGCAGGCCGACUUGACCCACGACCUGCAGGGGAUGGACUUUAAUGAGAUCAGUGGAUUCUUCAAAAAUGCCAUGGAGACAUCCAGCAGCAGCAAACAUGAGAAGAUGGAUGCCCGCAUGGAGCCAGUGCCCCGGGAGGUGCUAGGGAGUGUGACGAGGGACAGAGAGAGUCUCAAAGACUGGGAACUAGCAGGUCUUCAAUGCAUCUCUCAGAGCAAAGUGGCGGUCCUGCUGCUGGCUGGAGGCCAAGGUACCAGACUGGGGGUCUCUUACCCCAAAGGCAUGUAUGACGUGGGGCUGCCAUCCCACAAAACCCUCUUUCAGAUCCAGGCUGAACGCAUUCUGAAGCUACAACAGCUGGCUGAGCAGAAGCACAAAAUCAAGUGCUGUAUUCCCUGGUACAUCAUGACCAGCGGGAGGACGAUGGAGUCAACAAGGGAAUUCUUCUCACGUCAUAGCUACUUUGGCUUGGACAAAAACAACAUCAUCUUCUUUCAGCAGGGCAUGCUUCCAGCCAUGGACUACAAUGGCAAGAUCAUCCUGGAGAGCAAAGGAAAGCUCUCCAUGGCCCCUGAUGGGAAUGGGGGUCUUUACAGAGCUCUGGGGAACCAGGGCAUCAUGGACGACAUGGAGCGGAGGGGGAUCGCAUUCAUCCAUGUGUAUUGUGUAGAUAACAUCCUGGUCAAAGUGGCAGACCCCUCCUUUGUUGGUUUUUGUGUGGAGAAGGGAGCGGACUGUGGAGCUAAGGUGGUGGAGAAAACCAAUCCAACAGAGGCGGUGGGUGUGGUCUGCAAGGUGGAUGGGCAUUACCAGGUGGUGGAGUACAGCGAGAUCACCCUGGCAACUGCCGAGAAGCGCAGUGCUGAUGGUCGACUGAUGUUCAACGCAGGAAACGUGGCCAAUCACUUCUUCAGCUUUCCCUUCCUCAGAGACGUAGUACAGAAGUACGAGCCGAAGCUGCAGCACCACGUGGCCCAGAAGAAGAUCCCAUAUGUGGAUACUCAGGGUCAACUAAUCAAACCAGACAAACCAAAUGGGAUUAAAAUGGAAAAGUUCGUCUUUGACAUCUUCCAGUUUGCCAAGACGUUUGUUGUGUAUGAAGUGCUGAGGGAGGACGAGUUCUCCCCGCUGAAGAAUGCAGACAGUCAGGACGGAAAGGACACACCCACCACAGCCAGACACGCCCUCAUGUCCCUCCACCACCGCUGGGUGCUCAAUGCUGGCGGCCACUUCAUCGACGAGAAUGGCAGACGCGUGCCUGCCAUACCCAGAGACGGAGCGGCAGGCAGUGUCACAGAUGAUGGCAACAGAAACCUGAAGGAUGGAACAGACCUGCCAAUCAAAUGUGAGAUCUCCCCUCUGGUGUCCUACGGGGGAGAGGGUCUUGAAGAGUUGGUGAAGGGACAAGAGUUUCAUCCAACCCUGAUGAUUGACGAGCGUGGAGUCCACGAGCUGGUGAAGAACGGAGUUUAGACAACGAAAGAGAGAGAGAGAAAGAGAGAGAGAGUGAGAGAGAGAGAGAGAGAGGGACAACCCAAAGAUCUACCUCCCUUUGUCUCUUAACGUUUGUAGGGAGAAACUGUGAUAUCAGCGCUGUGCAAUAACAAGUGUCGUGUGCAUGUGUUCAAGGUUGUUCCGUCCGAAAUGAAUGAACGAGGAAGUGUAUCGUUUACUUUUCAGCGCACGUUUUCUUUACUUUGUAUGUCGAUGUCAUUCAUAGUUAAUAUUUGUUUUGAAGAGCACUUGAACACAGCAUGAGAUGAAGGACGAAAUCCCUACUGACUGGGUGAAGCAGUCUUAAGGUGCAUCUAUUUAUUUUCCUUAUGAGACUUAUUUUUAUAUGUACUGAUAGAUGCUUUAUAGGUGGGAAUUACCAUCUACUCAUUUUACCUGAUUUUUAUACGGUAUUGGACUGAGAUAAAAAGAUCAGUACUCUGUUUCUUACUAGCAUGUUAUCAAGGUACAUGGUAUGGACUGUGGGGGGUAUUUAUAAUAUUUGCUUCUUUUCUGCUUGUAAUCAUGGAAGGUUAGCUGUUAUUUAGCUUUAAGAUAAGCUAUGAUUUCUAUCAUCUUUAUUAAA